AUGAAUACGCCUAAUAUCGUCAAGGUUUCUCUAUGGAAAGCUUGUCAUAAUGCCUUGGCUACAAAAGCUAAUCUCUUUCGACGAAAGAUCAAUGAGGAUCCUCUAUGCCCAAAUUGCGGGGUAGAGUCAAAAACUAUAGGUCAUGUGCUGUGGGAUUGUCCUACUGUACAGAUAGUAUGGAGCAUGUGUGGUAAGAUUCAAAAGAGAAGAAUAAUGCACGACAAUUUUGUGAUCAUUGUUGAGGAGCUUUGUCAUUAUUUGGAUAAGGAGGAGAUGGAAGUCAUGGUGGUGGUUGCUCGGAGUAUAUGGCUAAGGCGGAAUGCUUUGGUUCAUGGGAAAAAGGUUAGUCCUAGCAAUGUAGUGGUUAAGAAUGCAAUUGAGUCUUUUGAGGCCUACCAUAUAGCUAACUCCAAGAUCAAGGGAGUAAUAAAGAGGGAUAAUACAAAGGUUUUUUGUUGGGAAGCCCCAAAAGAUGACUUUGUUAAAGUCAAUUGGGAUGCAGCCGUAGAUAAGCACAGAAGGAAAAUGGGUAUAGGUGUUAUAAUCCGAGAUAGUAUGGGAGAGGUGUUGACAACUUUGUCAGCACCAAAAGACUAUAUCAUCGAACCUGAUAUAGCAGAGGCAUUGGUGGUAUUGAGGGCUGUUCUCUUUUGUGGAGAGUUAGGUUUUCAUUGGGUGAUCCUGGAAGGAGAUGCGCUCCAAGUGGUCUAG